AUGUUCAAAUCUGCGUUUAAAACAGUGAACCAACCGUUGGUGCAAAAAUUUAUUGCUGGAGGUGUGGGAGUCACUGGCUUGACUGCAUCCUAUUUAUUAUACCAGGACUCCAUGACUGCCAAUGCCAUGACGGCAGCAGAGCACGGAUUGCAUCCUCCGGCUUACAACUGGCCCCACAACGGGAUGUUUGAGACUUUUGACCAUGCCUCGAUCAGAAGAGGGUUCCAAGUUUAUAGAGAAGUGUGUGCGGCUUGCCAUUCCUUGGACAGAAUUGCAUGGAGAAACUUGGUUGGAAGCUCCCACACCACUUCGGAAGCAAAAGCCAUGGCCGAGGAGAUUGAAUACGACGACGAGCCCGACGACGAAGGUAAGCCAAGAAAGAGACCAGGUAAAUUGGCCGAUUACAUACCUGGUCCUUAUGAAAACGAACAAGCCGCUAGAGCAGCCAACCAAGGUGCCUUGCCUCCAGACUUGUCGUUGAUUGUCAAGGCUAGACACGGCGGUUGUGACUACAUCUUUUCCUUGUUGACCGGUUACCCCGAAGAGCCACCAGCAGGUGUAGUGUUGCCAGCAGGCUCAAACUACAACCCUUACUUCCCCGGUGGUGCUAUUGCCAUGGCUAGAGUCUUGUUUGACGACUUGGUUGAAUACGAAGACGGUACACCAGCCACCACCUCACAAAUGGCCAAGGACGUUACCGUGUUUUUGAACUGGGCUGCUGAACCCGAACACGACGAAAGAAAGAGAUGGGGUUUGAAGACCUUGAUAGUGGUCUCGUCGUUAUACUUUUUGUCGAUCUGGGUCAAGAGAUUCAAAUGGGCUCCAAUAAAGAGCAGAAAAUUCAGAUUCGACCCACCAAAAAAGUAA